AUGAUAUCUGCUGAUUUUAAUAAUGAUUUGAAAUUGGAUUUGGUAGUUGUCAAUCAAGGUGACGACAAUAUCGGUGUACUGAUUGGUAAUGUAGAUGGAAGUUUUCAGACACAAGUGAUCUAUGAUGUUGGAAACCAACCAACCUUUGUGGUAUCGGGAGACUUUAAUAAUGAUAAGAAACUGGACUUGGCAGUAUCUAAUAGUGGCAGCUCUUUCAUCAGUGUUUUGUUUGGUAAUGGAAAUGGAACAUUUCAGACUCAAGUAAGUUGUGAAGUUGGUAAUGGUACAAAUAUUUUGGCAGUGGCAGAUUUAAAUAACGAUGGCAUCUUGGAUUUGGUAGCAACUGUUUCGGAUGAUUCUACUGUUAAUGUACUAUUGGGCAAUCGUAAUGGAAGUUUUCAGAGGGGAGUAAAAUAUCAAAUCGGCACUAAUCCACCUACUGUGAUAGUUGCUGAUUUCAACAAUGAUAGCAGACCAGAUCUUGCAUUAACGAACAUAACUGAAAACACAAUCAGGAUACUAAUAAACUUUAGAAAUGGAACAUUUCAAACUCAAGUCAAGUAUGCUACUGAAGAGAUCCCAAUAUUUCUCAUAUCGGGUACUUUUAACGAAGAUAAGAUUUUGGAUCUAUUAGUGGUUAACUAUCAAGCAAACAGUAUCAGUUUGGUGAUAGGCAAUGGAGAUGGAACCUUUCGUGCUCGAAUACCAUUUAAGCUUUCCCACAAAGCAACCAAUAUGGCAGCUGGUGACUUCAACAAGGACAACAGAACAGAUCUAGAACUGACUAACGCACAUGAUCAAAGUGUUAGUAUAUUACUGACUGCUAAGGACAAUAUCUUAGAAAAUCUAGGUACAUAUCAAAGUGGAGUCUUGCCAACAUUCGUGAUUGUGGAUGAUUUCAACAGUGAUACUAAAUUAGAUUUGGUAGUCGUUAAUCAAAAAGACAACAGUGUAAGCGUGUUGCUCGGUAAUGGCGACGGUACGUUUCAAAAUCAAAGUUCUUUUCGUACUGGUACACGGCCAGUUUCUGUAGUAUCAGGCGAUUUCGACAACGAUAAAAAAGUGGACCUGGCAGUGACUAACUUUGGUAAUCAAAGUAUUAGUGUGUUAUUAGGUUAUAGAAAUGGCACCUUUCAAUCUCAACGAUUUUAUAAGACUGGAAAGAGUCCAAGUUCUGUGAUAGCGCUUGAUUUAAACAGUGAUAAAAUUACUGAUCUAAUAGUGGCCAAUCAAGGUGAAAGCACAAUAAGUGUUCUUAUUGGCUAUGGAAACGGAAGUUUUCAUGAUCUAAACAAAUUUAAUACAAAUAAAAACCCAGGUCUUUUAUUGUCCGGUGAUUUCAAUAAUGAUAGAAUAGUCGAUAUAGGAACAAUUAGUGAUCGUUGGAGUUCAUUUUGUAUGUUGAUCAGUGGUGGAAACCUGAGUUUUCCUUACCAGAAAACUAUUAGUAUUGUUAUUACUUCUCCAAGUGAUGCAAUAACUUACGACUUUAAUAAUGAUGGAAAAAUAGAUAUAGCAAUAACCGGUGAAAAGGACAACAACUUGGGUGUGUAUCUACACCAAGGCAAUUAG